UUCCUGUCCAAGCCAAAGUGGCUUCUAUUUGAUGCUUCCGAGGCUGGGAAGGAGCCGAUGAAAAAGACCAUGACAGAGUUCCAAGAGGAGGACUUUCUUCUGGAACGCUGUGAGGCAAGAAAAAAGCUUGAGGCUUCUCCAAGAACUCUGCCCAAGCAUACGUUCAUCCAAAGUACAGUUGAAGAAACCGUAGAUGUGCGGGAUGCAGCAAGUGAAAAUGAAACUUGUGAAGUACUGGAGGAAGGUGAUACAACUCCAGAAGUGAAAGAAAACUUUGAGAAUCAUGAUGUCUCAAAAAAAUCAGUGGGAAACCUGUUGGAUAAGGGAAGUAAUAAAUCGAUUGCUUACCACAAUGGUAACUACCAUGGAGCAAUACAAGAAGCAAAGAGAAGGAUUGAAUGCUCUACUUGUGGGAAAACCUUUGCUAGUAUACCAAAUCUUAAAGCGCACUGGAAUAUCCACACAGGGGAGAAACCAUAUGAUUGCUUGGAGUGUGGAAAGAGAUUCAGUCAAAGCUCAGCUCUACGGGUGCAUCAGAGAACCCACACGGGGGAGAAAGAAUAUAAAUGUUUUGAAUGUGGAAAGAAAUUUGCAUACAGUGCAUACCUCAUUGUGCAUCAAAGAAUGCACACAGGAGAGAAACCAUACAAAUGUCUGGAGUGUGGAAAGAGGUUUAUUGUAAGAUCGUGUCUUGUUCGACAUCAAAAAAUCCAUGUGAGAGAGCGACCGUAUCUUUUCCACAAGCCUGGGAAUAGCUUCAGCCACGGUCAACAGCAAAGAAACCGCACGGGUGAAAAACCAUAUAAAUGUUUAGAAUGUGGAAAGAGCUUUGUGCAAAGUACAACCCUCAUUAGACAUCAAAUGAUCCACACAGGUGAGAAACCAUACACCUGUCUGGAAUGUGGAAAGAGCUUUACACAGAGUAAAAAUCUCAUUAUGCAUCAAAGAACCCACACAGGUGAAAAGCCAUAUAAAUGUUUAGAAUGUGGGAAGAGUUUCAUUGCAAGCACCAACCUCACCAUGCAUCAAAAUACCCACACAGGCGACAAACCAUAUACAUGUCUGGAAUGUGGAAAGAGCUUUAGGCAUACUUCAAGCCUUGCUAUGCAUCGAAGAAUACACACCGGAGAGAAAUUGCAUGAGUGUUUGGAAUGUGGAAAGAAGUUCACGACGAAUGCCAACUUCAUGAAACAUCAACUGCUCCAUCAAGGGGAAAAACCGUAUAAAUGCCUGGAGUGUGGAAGGAGCUUUAGUCUGAGUGAAAGGCUUAUAAACCACCAAAGAAUCCACAAAGAAGCAAAACCCUUUCAGUGCCUGGAUUGUGGAAAAAGCUUCAGUCACAGCGUAACUCUUAAGAGACAUAAAAAUUCAGAGACAGGGGAAUGUAAAAAGGGACUCCGUCAGACGCAAAGAACUCCAAGAACUCAUAACAAGAAGAAACCAUAUCAGUGCCUGGAGUGUAGAAGCUGCUUUCAUCACAACUCAAACCUUCUUAGACAUCAACUCAUCCACACUGGGGAGAAGCCCUUUAAAUGCCAGGAAUGUGAGUCUUGCUUCAGUCAGCACUCAAAUCUUAUGAGACAUGUGCUUAUUCACAUGAGGGAAAAACAAUAGAUUCACUCAGCCUUGAGGGAACCGUCUUGCCCAUUAAUAAAACGCGUGGGUAUUUUGUCAGUGUUCAGGCUGUUUGGGAUCUUAUGUUAUAAAUCAACUGUAAAAUGAAAAAAGUAAUAUCAAAUUCCAUCCCUGACAAUAUCUAUAAGUUUUGAAGUAAACAGAGCCCUCAGUUCAUGUGGAGAGUCCACAGAAUAUGCGAUGCACAGAGAUUUGCUCAUCAGAAUUUCCUCCAGAUCUUUGCAUCUUCUUCUCUGGAAAUACGAGGCAGACGUUUCUAAUAUUUGGAAAAAAGGAAAACUAGAUCUUUGGAUUUUAUUUUUUUUUUAAACUUUAUUUUGCUUCCUUACCUUUUGAACAGUUUGGUGAUUUAGCUUCAAUAAUAAAAGAUCAGCAAUUCAAGUCAGACACUUAGCCAAACACCAUUAAUCCCUUCUAAUUUGUUAUUUCAUUUUAUAGCGCUGAAAAAAAUCACUCUGUUGUCUGGUGAAUCAUAAUUAUGUGCCUUUAACUGACAUACUGAGCUAAACCUUAGUAUGUAUUGGAGGCUGUUCUUUUUUGGGGGAUAAACAGAACAGUGACAUAGAAAUGAUUAAUGAGAUAGCUCUAAAAACAACAUAGGAAGGCAUAUCUUUUAUUUGGAGCAUUCUGCAGUAUACAUUUUGCUAAUGUAUAAUCUUGAAAUAUUGUCUUUUCCCCAUUUAAAUAAAAUAUCUACUUGUGAAGAGAA